UGCUAAAUUACAUAAGUUCAGUUGAAUUUACUUCUGGUAACUUACUUUCAGAAGUUUUAAAAAAAUCAGACUCCAGAAAUAACCUGCUGAAGCUCCAAAAAUGCUGAAGCUAUGAUUCAGUAGUCAAGUGGCACAUUCUUCUGAGCAACAUGUAGUAGUGUGGAUAGAUGGUGGAGCCAUUAAGUUAGUGCCUGUGUUAAUGCAUGUCUGAGUAAAACUUGCUUGACUUAUCAUUUCAUCAGUAUUACCAAGAUAGCUCUUAAUUAAACUGUGGGUUAAAAUAGAAGUGAAUGUCAGCAACCCUGAUAAAGAUAAAUGACUGUUAUCAAGACCUUAUUUUUUUUAUGUGGUAUAUAGAGAAGCUCACAAAUCUGGGGUUUACUUAUUUUUGGAAUGGUAAUUAUCCAGCAUCUUACAGGUUGCUCUGAAUAAUUGCUACAGUUAUUAAAAAGUUGCUUUAAGAAAAGUAAUGGUAAGCUCUAAUUCAAGAUGAUUGAACUUCUGUAACUCCACCGUUUAUUUCACCUAGCCUUAGUGGCAGUUCCCAGUCAGGUUAGGAGAAACCAUUAUCUGGAAAAUCAAAUGGGUUUUGGUUCCUCUGAUUACUAAAAGUUAUUGACAGCUUCUCUGCUUCCUUGUAAUCAAAUCUGGGGAUACAAAUGUAUUUUAGCAGUUCUUUUGUGCUUAAGAGAAGACUCUAAAUUAGCUGUUAGUGUGCAGAAUGAGUCUUUGUGUUGAAACCUUUUUGACCUCCAGAAUUAUGCUAUUCCUCCUGCCUUCUUUCUAGCAAACUUCUGUCUGCAUUCUGUCUUCAACUCUGAGGCCUCCAAGGCUGUUGCUCUUUGGAACCAGAUGAGCAUUUUGUCUCACAGCUUGAAAGCUCUUGGUACUCAUUCAGUAGUCAUUUCUUCCAAAAAUGUUAGAAGUCUCAUCACUAAAGUAUUUAGAUUUUUUUUUUAUUUUUAUCGUUUGCAAAGUAGAGAAAAAGGCAUGUUGGGAGAAUUGAAUCUUCAGUUUUGGGCUCUUGUAUCAUAGAGAAAUAGAGAUGAGUAAGGAAGAAAAGAGCAUAUUAUGUCUUACUUCUAAGAUCUGCCAAGAAGAUAAUCUUCACUGUUCUGUGUUUUUGUAAUACUAAACUGCCACAGAUUUUUUAAACCAUAUUACAUAUCAAUUUUUUUAAACAGUGUGCUAGAAAUGGUUGAUGAAACCAAGAAGUCCUUGGAUUCUUUUAAGGAGUAGUCUAAUACUGUCUUUUCUUUUUUUCCCCUGCAUAUGCCUUCUUCUACUUUCCCCGUCUUCCCUCCCUUUUCCUACGCGAUUAAUAAAGACUCUUCUGCUCUCUCAACUUUGUUAUGGAUUUUCUUCUUCUUUUGCCAAGAACGUGGUGGACUGGGAAGAUAUUCAUAAAUACAACCUAAACUGAGUUUGAAUACCAGCCAGUGAAAGGGAGAAACUUGGGUUAGUCUAGCACAAAGUAAUCAUAGUGGGACUUGAUAAUGCUGGAAAGACUACUAUUCUUUACCAGUUCUUAAUGAAUGAAGUGGUUCAUACUUCUCCAACCAUAGGAAGCAAUGUAGAAGAAAUAGUGGUGAAAAACACUCAUUUCUUAAUGUGGGAUAUUGGAGGACAAGAAUCAUUACGGUCGUCGUGGAAUACCUAUUAUUCAAACACAGAGUUCAUCAUUCUCGUUGUUGACAGCAUUGAUAGAGAGCGACUUUCUAUUACAAAAGAAGAACUUUAUAGAAUGCUGGCUCAUGAGGAUUUACGGAAGGCUGCGGUUCUGAUCUUUGCGAACAAGCAGGACAUGAAAGGCUGCAUGACGGCUGCCGAGAUAUCCGCGUACCUCACCCUCAGCUCCAUCAAGGAUCACCCCUGGCACAUCCAGUCCUGCUGUGCUCUGACAGGAGAGGGAUUAUGCCAAGGUUUGGAGUGGAUGACCUCCCGUAUUGGAGUGAGAUAGCUUUUUUUUGCCUUUUUUUCUUUUUUUUUUUUUUUUUUUUUUUGUUAUUCCUCCAGAAGAAGAGACUUCUAUUUAUCCUGUGAACAUGUACAUUUUUCUGUACUUUUGGCUGCUGAGGCAGUGACCAAUGUUUAAUUUAUAUCAGCCAACCUCUAAGCUGUGCUUGAAUCAAGUGCAGUUGAACUGAAACACAAAAGUAUUUUCUUAACUUUUUUUAAUACACUAAUCUUCAACUGGAUGAACAUAUGUGAAUCUGUUUUUAAGCAUUGAAAUUCCUCUGAAUAUGAAUUCUAACUUUUUCAAUGAUAGCUUUUUAAAAUCUCUUUUGUCAUUGUCAAUAUUUCAUAUUUCCUCUUUCUAAAUAGUUGUAUAACUUACUAACAUAAAGGAGCACAUUUUAUUUAAUAAUUAAAAGUAGUGUUUAGGUUAACUUUACUCUGCCAUAGCUUUAACCUCAAAGGAUAACCAUAUCUCCAGCAGACUUCCUGGAAUAUUAGUAGAGUUCUAGUCAGCACAAGAAUGAAUAGUUAUGAAUGCAAAUUUUUAAGUGCUUAAUGAACUAGUUAAAGUUAAUAUUGUGAUGGCUUUCAAUCUGAUAUACAAUGGAACUUCUGCCUUAAAAAUCUGUUUCAGUCUCAGUUUCUCUGGUAGGUAGUUCUAGGACAUUCUUAUAUUCUUCUACUUGAAGGUACAUCUCUGUACAGUGCAUAAAAAUAUUAUUACUAAAUGCUGGUGUAGUCAUUUAGAACUUGAAUAGCUUUUCAAAGAUAAAUGGGUAAUUAAAUUUGGAAUCACAGCAGCCAGUGUUAUGUGUAGACUUUCUAUAUUCUGUUAAAAUUUUAAACUCUAUAUACGUGAGCCUUCCUCACCUUUUAGUGAGAGUGCUGUUUUCUAAAUUAAUACAAAAUCAAAAGGGAAGCCAGAUCUAUAAACAAAACAAAACCAUGGUGCUGUAUCUGUAGACUUCGGAGUGUAGCUAAUCUUGACAUUUAUUUAUCUACUAUCAUACAUGUUUUCAGAUUCUGUUACAGAGAAAUUAUUUUGCCUUCAUUUUUGUUUUUGGUCUUAUUUGCACAAGCAGAGAACUUUUGACAGUGUUUGAGUUAGAUGCCUUCACCUGAAAUUUGAAAAACAGGUGGUGAAAGAGUGGACCCAGUAACUGUUAAUUCAAUUUGAAGGGAAUUAAGUUAAAUCUAAAGAUAAUCUAAAGAUAUGGAGUUAAUUGAGAACAUGAAGCGUCACAUAAACCUAACUACCAGUCCCCCCAAAAACCCCACAUGAGGAUUAAAAAAAACCAACAAAUCAAAACCAAUAGUGGACACCCCGUUCCUAGCAAGGUCCCAGCAGCAGUCAGGUACCCAGCCUGUCUAAAUGCUUGGCAGGUUUCCAGAAGCACCAUUCUGCACUUCUGCAUGCCUAAAAGCCACAUGGAGUUUGGUUACCUGAACUGUUUUGCAAACUGACUGUAGGCUUUUGAUGACAAAAUGUUUCUGUUUAAUCUUGUUUUGAAAAUUUAAGAACACUGAGUUUUCUUUAAUAAAAUUUUAAGCUUUGUAAAUUUCAA